AUUCUCACCACGACUCUACCAAUCUAUCUUUCUCUCUCUCUUCUGUGUUCUCCAUUUUCUACUUCGCCAUGAGAAUACGAAAAAAUGCAAAAAAUUCGACACUUGUAUAUUCAAACGCAAGUCUUUCGAAUGAUUCUGAUAAAUGCUUGGUUCAGAUGAACUUGUGUCAGCUCAACCAAUCUCCAUGGGAUAUCAUCACAUUCCCAUCUUCAAAUUCAUCUUCUUCACUCCACCAGUUUGAUGAUAAUGAGGUUUACUACAACGUUAAUCUUGCUGUAAAUGGAACCUCGGUUGAUUCCAUUGGAGCUUUCGAGAGUGUGGCUUCAGUGAAGAACCCCGAGGAUGAAAAAUAUGAUCUUGAUGAUCUAAAGAACGAUUAUCAAGAAAUUUUAGGGUUUAAAGAAGAAAAAAAGAAUGAAACUCUAGAAGACAUUGUGUUGUGUGGUGAGAGAGAUGAGAAAGGAUGGCAAUGUGGGAAGGUGGUGAAAAAUGGCAACACUAUGUGCGACCAUCAUAUCAUUGAGCUUCAAAACGACUCCAUUUGGACUACCAAGAAAAAGUCUCGGUCCGGGUCCGGGCCCAUCAUGGCUGGAACUCGGGCUCGUCAAACCAAGAAAGGGUCGUCAACAAGCCCAUAUGAGUUCUAUUAUUAUUCUGGGUUUGGACCAUCUUGGGGCAAGAAAAGAGGAGCCGUGGGUAGUAAUACAACAAACGCAUAUAACGAACCUACCAAAAUUAUGGACAUGAGUUUGACCGACGAUGAUAUGAAUAUAGGGAAGGAUAUGGUGAAAACAAUUGAGCCCAAGAUUUCUAAGGUGGGACCCACAAUAAUGGAAUCAGCUACCAUGGAUGACAAUACCAAAAAGGGUAAAACGGGAAUUAUUGGAAAAAAGAGAGGGAGAAAGCCGAUGAAGGCUAGAUCAUUGAAGUCUUUGAUGUGAUGAAACAUUUGUAAUGGUUUUGGAUUACUUA